GGCGGGGGGUUCGGGCGCCCGAAGAUGGCCUCCUUCCCCGCGGAGCCGGCCGAGGCCCCGGGCGGCGGCGAGGCGGAGGCCGCGGCGGGCGGCGAGGCGCGGCAACUUCUGCAAACUUUGGCGCCCGCCCCCUCGGCGGAGGCUCCUCCCGGCGCGGCGCCCGGGCCGGGCCCGCCGCGCUUCUCGCCGGAGCAGGUCUCGUGCGUGUGCGAGGCGCUGCUGCAAGCCGGGGACCCCGGGCGGCUGGGCCGCUUCCUGGGCUCGCUGCCCCCGGAGGAGGCGCGGCGGCUGGAGGCGGCGCAGGGCGCGGCGGGCGAGAGCCUGGCCAAGGCGCGGGCGCUGCUGGCCUUCCAGCGCGGGGACUUCGGCGAGCUGUACCGCCUGGUGCAGAGCCGGCCCUUCGGCGCGCCCCACCACCCCUUCCUGCAGGACCUCUACCUGCGCGCGCGCUACCGGGAGGCCGAGGCGGCGCGCGGGCGGGCGCUGGGCGCCGUCGACAAGUACCGCCUGCGCAAGAAGUUCCCGCUGCCCGCCACCAUCUGGGACGGCGAGGAGACCGUCUACUGCUUCAAGCGGCGCUCGCGGGCCGCCCUGCGCGACUCCUACGGCCGCAGCCGCUACCCCAGCCCCGAGCAGAAGCGCCGCCUGGCCCGCGACACCGGCCUCUCGCUCACCCAGGUCAGCAACUGGUUCAAGAACCGCCGCCAGAGGGACCGCAGCGGCGGCGGCGCCGGCACGCCCAGCAAGAGUGAAUCUGAUGGAAAUCCCAGCACAGAGGACGAGUCCAGCCACGGCCCUGAGGAAACGGAAGUGGCGGCAGGGACUCCAUCCACGCCUGAAGGGGCUCCUGCCUCCAGCGGUCUCUUCCUGCCGGCUGCCUGUUCCAGUGCCUCCUCCAUCCUUCUGAAUGGCAACUUCAUCACAGCCAGCUCGCCAGCCAUGCUUCUCAAUGGAGGAUCAGUGAUCCAGACCCCCAGCGGAGGUGUCAUUCUUAAUGGGUUGGCUCUGGGGGAUAAUCAAACCAUUACCCUCAGCCCCGUGGCAGCACCUAGUCCACCUGUCCUCCUUAAUGGCUCCACUACUUUGCUGAGUGGCAAAACCCCAGCAGCCAACAGCCAGGAGGGCUCCAAGGGUCUGCAGGAGCCCCUUCCUCCAGCCACCGUCAUCCUCGGCCCGGCAGCUCUUCAGGGGGAGGUGAAGUCCGAAGCGGCCGAGGCGCUAGCUUUUGGUGUGGAAGUGAAGUCGGAGGAUGGGCCAGCGACCGCCCCACCUCUUUUGUCCCUUCCUGACACCUCGACCCUCCUAUCUGACCACAAGGGCACCUUGCUGACGGCCGUUCCAAUGUCUCAAGUUGUCCCCUCAAAUGAAGACACCUCUGCAGCUGCUCAGCUGCCCCCGGCGGUUCAGCCUGCAUCUACAUCCAGUCCCCAGAUUGUUCCUCUUGCUAAACUAGUCCCUGGAACUCAAGCCCUGUCUAGCCCCCAAGUAACAGUGGCAACAGUUGGUGGACAGGUCACUUUGCCGACACAACCUCCUGCUACCGCAGCUGCAACCCUCCUUUCCAUUCCAGGGUCCUCCCCAGCCCAGGCUACAGUCUUCCACGUUCCUGCCCCAUCACUGGUCCCCAUCACCCAGGUUUCACCCCCCUCCCAGGUAGUGCCUUUGUCCCAACCCAUUUCAGGGUCCCAGGUGCUUUCCCCAUCUCAAAUGGUGCCUGUGUCCCCCACACAGAUUUACACAGUACCCCAGGGGGCCUCUGGCCCUCAGCUGGUCUCCCUCCCCCAAGUGGCCCAAGGAUCCCAGAUUAUUUCUUUGCCCCAAGUGGUGCCCACCUCCCAAGUUGUGACACUGCAACAGGGUGUGGGCAGCCCAAUCCAGAUCUUGACAAGCGCGGCCCCCAUAAAAGUGGGGCCUAUGGCAGGGACACCACAGGCAACAGCGUCAGGUGGAAACCUCAGCCAUAGCAACGUACAUCUCAUCAACACCAACGUAAGCAUGACGGCGCUUCAGCUUCCGGGCACCACACCAGGGAACAUCCUCUUGACUAACCCAGCCACCGGCAGCGGCACCAUUGUGACAGGAAUGGCUCUGCAGCAAGGCAAACUCAUUCUGACGGCCACCUUUCCUGCCAGCAUGCUGAUGGCACCCAUCCUCUCGGGUCCGACGGCUCCAGCCUUGGCCGUCCCCAUUAAGCAGGAAGUGGUAGCAACACCGCCGGCGGCUCUGGAAGACAAUGAAGCCGAGGCCAGCAAUAGCCUGCUGCUCCCCGGGAUCAGCCCCGUCCUGCCUUCUGGUGUCUCCUCUCUUUCCGCCUCAGGCAGCCCCGGGUCACCUGACUUGGCAUUCAGCACAGACUCUGGCCAGACCAACCUCCUCUCAAGCUUCUCCCAGCAGGACAGCCUGGGGGCGGCCCAGCAGCAAGUGGUGUGGUCCAGCCCAGUCAGCAUGGACCUCCAAGGUCCCAACUCUGAGGGGCUAUUUGAAAUGGACAAGGGCCCCAUAGAGGAGCAGAGCGGCCUGCUUCGGCUCCCCGAGGGCGAAGGCCUCUUGCUGGAUGCCUCCGGUGGUGACCCCAUGGAUCCCGAAGCGCUCGACUCUGACGAGAAGGCAAAUGGCUACUUUUUCAGGCAAAUGGCUACUCCAGAAAUGAAAUCCGAAGAGCAAUCAAACCCAGGAUGAAUCAAACAACCAAAGAAAAACAGUCUCCCACAGGAAAAGUGUUUUUGCCAUAUAUCAAAGGAAUUACUGAUCAGAUGGGAAAGCUUAUGAAAAAGCAUAACCUUCAAGCAGUAUUCAGACCCACCCGAAAAAUACAACAGAUGCUACGAUCAGCAAAAGACAGUAGAGACCCCCUAACCUCUGCAGGAGUAUACCGUAUACCCUGCAGCUGUGGACAAGUUUACAUCGGGACCACAAAGCGUAGCAUCCAGACAAGAAUAAAAGAACAUGAAAGACACUGCAGACUUGGACAACCUGAAAAAUCAGCAGUGGCUGAACAUAGCCUAACUCAAACAGGGCACAGUAUCUUAUUCCAGGACACCAAAAUACUGGACAACACUUCCAACUACUUUGUCAGACUGCACAGGGAAGCCAUUGAAAUUCACAAGCAUAAGCAAAACUUCAACAGGAAAGAAGAAACCUUAAGAAUGAACCGAGCGUGGUUGCCAGUUCUGAAAAACACCAGGCUAACAAAACAUUCUAUCCCUGACAAUAGCCCUGCAGAGAAGAUUAGCACAUCA